AUUUGUACCCACAUGCUCGUUCGCAGCGCUCAGUCAGCGUUUGACUCAGUGGUGGCAGGGGAUCUAGGAUUUCCACUUGUCAGUUACUCCCCGAUACCGAAAUCAAGUGCAUCCCCACAGCUAAAAUGUCAAAGUUGGAUCAGAUCCUUGUCCUUGACCCUCCCUCCGACCUCAAAUUUAAAGGUCCUUUCACAGAUGUAGUCACCACCAACCUCAAACUGAAGAACCCUUCUGACAAAAAAGUAUGUUUCAAAGUGAAGACAACUGCGCCGCGCAGGUACUGUGUACGGCCAAACAGCGGUGUCAUUGAUCCCGGAGCAACUGUCAUUAUCUCUGUCAUGCUACAGCCCUUUGACUAUGACCCGAAUGAGAAAAGUAAACACAAAUUCAUGGUGCAGACGAUUUUUGCCCCGCCAAACGUUUCUGACAUGGAUUCAUUGUGGAAAGAUGCAAAACCCGAUGAUCUCAUGGAUUCCAAGCUGAGAUGUGUCUUCGAGCUGCCUUCUGAAAACGAUAAAGUGAAUGACGUGGAGGCGACCAAAGCAGCCCCGGUGAUGAACUCUGCGAAGGGCGACUCCACAGCAGCCACGGUGCCUGUCUCUGCCUCACUGGACGAUUCAGAGUUGAAGAGAGUGCUGGAGAAGUGCAAGAGGCAAGCAGCUGAGCUGAACAAGCUGGCUGAGGAGAACCGGCAAUUAAAGGACGAAGGUCUUAGAAUGAGAAAGGUACCCCGCUCAGACCACAUGACAUCAAACUCAACUAGCCUCCUCGGCCGAGAAGCCAGCACCACCUCCCUGCCCUCCCUCCUCGUCGUCAUAGCAGCCAUCUUCAUCGGAUUCUUCCUAGGGAAGUUCAUCUUGUAGACUGGGAGAUGCAUGCCAGCCGUAUCCCCGCCCCCGCCCCCCCCGGCUCCGGAAUAAAAACAGGCCUGGAAAAACCGAGAAGUCUUUCUGUUGACUUUGCCAUAUCAUUGGUUGUGUGGCCUACAGUGAACACAUCUGUACAGCAUCAUUCGAAGGCGUCGCCUUUUUACAGUCUCACACGGUUAGUACACACAGAGAGAUGAGAAAAGAAAGGCGACAAAAAAAAGUGAUUGCUCCUUUUUUGUUUUCUGUUUUUUGAUGGCUGGAUUGUACAGGUAAUGUGCCGGGACAAUGAAAGUUGUAUACUAUCAGUCAACAUGGAAGAUACACCUAGAGUGAACCAUGGGCUAGAGGCAGUCAAAAGAUUAGAUUCUCUCUCUCUCUCUCUCUCUCUCUCUCUCUCUCUCUCUCUCUCUCUCUCUCUCUCUC